UUGUCCCGGAAUUUCGCGGAUUAUUCACAGCGCCGUAAGUCAGCGACGGUGAUUUACCCUGCAGAUUUAGCGGUGUGCAGAGGAAGGAAUGUUCCGAAUAAUGAUACAUGCAGGUGGUGGUGUUCUCGAAUAAGCGGGCCUAGUGGGACCUGGAUUUUCUGUGUUAUCGUUGUCAGCUCUUUAGCGGCACGAAACGCCGCCACACCACCUGAAGGUGACACCCAAGAGACACAUUCGGAAGGUUCCGAGACUCCGGAUGACGUCUCGUCGGUGGUGUCAACACCAAGCGAAGGAGCGCCACCCGCGAAACGGCGCCGAAAACCCGACGCCAAGGAUAUCGUUCGUGUCGUCGAGGACAGCGUGCAGGACGAGGAGUGCAGUGGUCAUUCCGAGAGUGCCGUCCCAUCAGAUGACGUCACCAUGGCAUCUGAAUCGCAGACCGACGAGCACGAACUGGCCAAAAACGACGAAGAGGAGCCAAAGAAGUUCGAAAUGAGCUUUGUGUCACCGAGUAAAGUCGAACCAGAAAUGCUAUGCAUGUCUAUCGAUGGACGCAUAGCUCCAACGGACAAAGACGACGGUCUGCCGGCUGUUGAAGUAACAACGAGUUCGCCGCCGAAAACUCCCGUCUCCUCGUCACUGCCACCAUCCGGAUCGGCCAGUCCCAGUAUGGGCACCCCAUCAAUGCCAUCACCAAGUGUGAAUUGGAGUGCUCGUCGAGGUAAGACUGAAGUCCAUUUGGCUUACUGGAUCACGCAACCGCGCUCAGUUGUUCUAGAAGGCAAAUUGGCAUGUCCGACGCCUGGAUGUGACGGCAGUGGCCAUCAGACCGGCCUCUACACCCACCAUCGAAGUCUGUCCGGUUGCCCACGACGCCCUGACAAGUCGACGAUUCAGAUGCUCGCCCUACAACAGGAUACCGUACUCAGAUGUACGACACCUGGUUGUACUGGGAAAGGUCAUGUGAACAGCAAUCGCACGUCACAUCGAAGUCUUUCCGGAUGUCCGAUAGCCUAUCAGCAGAAACUCAGCCGGAAGGGCGUCAAGGCCCCGCCCCCGCCACGUACACGGAGUCCUCAUGGUCUAGAGGAAUCACCGUUGGAUCUCACCCUACGCAAUCUAGAUCAGCAACAUAUGCCGCCUAUGCCACUUAUGCCACAGUCAAUGAUGGAAGCACUGGUCCAGCUCACCGCCUCAGCUGCAGCAGCUCGUGCAGCCGACCACCCUCCUCCAAUUUCACCGGUGAAGCCCAGUGCCGCCACCACCAGCUCACCAUCGUCACCUACCACCGCCACUGCAGCCGUCACUUCAGUCGCAACGCCAGCAGUCACGCUCCCGGUCAGUCUAGCGACUGAAACUGUAGCUCAAUCAUCACCGGCCACCACGACUACCACCAACGCGGCGGCCGCCAUGACCACUCAACCAUUUUUACUGCCUGAGGGGCUUGUCCCUCCCAAGCCACAUGUGUUCCCGUAUCCACCAAUGUUCAAUCAACAAAUGCUAGCUCAACUUUUCCUGGCUCAACUACAAGGCCAAAAAGGCGCCUUCAUCUAG